GAACCUCUGAGCGCACUGCAGCGGCGGCACCAGUGAUGGAAGAUGGAUUUGAUUUCAGCUUCUGGGUGUGACAUCUCCGGUGAAAAGGUUCCACACAUAUUGUGAAUCCCAGUCAAUGGAUUUACUCACUUUCAUACAUGAGUAUUUUACCUGUACUUUCUCCAUAGACUACAAAUCUUGAAGGAAGCAUGGGUGACUGGAGCUUUUUGGGCCGGCUGCUGGAGAAUGCUCAGGAGCACUCGACGGUCAUCGGCAAAGUGUGGCUGACCAUCCUUUUCAUCUUCAGGAUCCUGGUGUUGGGGGCUGCCGCUGAAGAAGUCUGGGGCGAUGAGCAAUCAGACUUCACCUGCAACACCCAGCAGCCCGGUUGUGAGAAUGUUUGCUACGAUGAGGCCUUUCCCAUCUCGCACAUCCGCUUCUGGGUUUUGCAGAUCAUCUUCGUGUCCACGCCGACGCUCAUCUACCUGGGCCACGUGUUACACAUUGUCCGCAUGGAGGAAAAGCAGAAAGAGAAGAUGGAGGAAAUGCGAAAAUCAAAUAGGUUCCAGGAAGAGAAAGAACUCCUUUAUAGAAAUGGGGGAGAUGCGGGAGGAGGAGAUGGGAAGAAGGAGAAACUACCUAUCAGGGAUGAACACGGCAAAAUCCGCAUCAGAGGCGCAUUGCUGCGUACCUACGUGUUCAACAUUAUCUUCAAGACCUUGUUUGAAGUGGGUUUUAUUUUGGGCCAGUACUUCCUGUAUGGCUUCGAGCUGCGGCCGCUGUACAAGUGUUCACGCUGGCCCUGCCCCAACACUGUGGACUGCUUCAUAUCAAGACCCACCGAAAAGACUAUUUUCAUUAUAUUCAUGCUUGUGGUGGCUUGUGUGUCUCUUUUGCUGAAUUUGAUAGAGAUCUAUCACCUUGGCUGGAAGAAAGUCAAACAGGGAUUGACAAAUGAGUUUGCCCCUGAACAUGAGUUCCACGCUGACAUUGCGGCACCUGAGUGUUUGCCCUCGGCAUCCAGAACUGCACCCUCCACCAUCAGCUACCCACCCAACUACACAAAUGUGACAGUGGGUAGCGGGGCAUUCUUGCCACCCAUGAGCCCGGCAGCUUUGUCCUCAGCUGCUGGGUUCAAGAUGGACAACCUACAGCAGGAGGAGUCCCUCCGCCAGCCUUUCCCCUCUUCCCAUUACUACAUCAGCAACAACAACCACAGGCUGGCCACACAGCAGAACUGGGCCAACCUGGCAACUGAGCAGCAGACUCUAGAGAUGAAGGACACAUCUCCCUCACCUUCCACCUCUUCCGCCACCAACAACAAUCCGCAGCAACAGCCUGCUGAUGUUGAGUUGCUUCUCCCCAACAGCAAAAACACCAUCGCCACCGUACCCACCAGUGCCACCACCACCACCAGCAACAGUACCAGCAGCCCUGGCACAGCCGCUACCAGUGGCAGUUGGGGUAAGAUGAAGAGCGUGCAUGAAACCACCACCACAGUGGAGAUGCAUGAGCCUCCAGUAAGGGUCCUCACAGACCCUCAGAGGUUUAGUAGAGCCAGUAAGUGUAGCAACAUCAGAGCCAGGCCAAGCGACCUGGCAGUCUAAAUCCACACUAAACAGUCCCCUUCUCAAAUAUCAGCCUUUCCUUUGGACUCCCCAAU